ACACACUGGGUUUAUUAACAAUUCAAAAAGCCAUUUGCGCACACACAUGCUACGAAAACCCCUCGAACUACGAACAAAAUAAAAAGUUGUUUAGUGAAGCAAAAGAAGUUUCACAAUUUUAUAAAUUCAGUUGCUCUUUAACAAGCGGCAUGAUCGGAACAAAAUAAAAACGUUUAACGGUUAGAAAAAUUAAUAUAAUUUAAAAAAUAAACUUAUAAAUUUUAGUGAAGAAAAAAAAAACAAACGCUCUUUUAUUAAUAACAAAAGAAUAAAAACAAAUAAACUUAUAGAAAUGUUUUAUUGUUUAUAAAAAAUAUUGAAUUUAAGUAAAAAAAAAUUAAUAUUUUAAAAAAAUUUUAUUAUAAACCAAAAAAGUGAGAACAAAUUUUAAAAAUUAUUGAAAAUAUAAUUUAAACAAAAUUAGUGAAACCUUUUGGUUUUAAGUGUUUGAAAAAGAAAAUAGAACAAAAACAAACUUAAUUAUGGUGCGUAGUUUGGCUCAGUGGACGAAAACCUUGAGUUUUCCUUCACGUUUAUCACCAAAUCGUAAUUCUAAGGAUUGUUCAACAUUAAAUGCUACUAGUCCAAUACCACCUCCCACACCACCCAGGAAUAAAAACUCAAAUUGUGCUACCUCGAGAUCAUCAUCCUCAACAGUGUCUUCAAAUUCAGGCACUUCAACACAUUCAUCGAAUAAUAACAACAAUAAUAUGCCCAUAACGGAAUUGGAACAAAUUAUUUACCCUGGUCCCGAUCCGAAACAAGCUAUAAUGGGUUCUUUGGUAUUUUGCAUACAUCAUAAACAGGGCUGCACCUGGUCAGAUGAAUUGAGAAAGUUAAAGGCUCAUUUGAAUGUUUGUAAACAUGAUGCUACCCAGUGUCCCAAUAAGUGCGGUGCCCAGAUUCCUCGUAUAAUGAUGACAGAUCAUUUGCAGUAUACCUGCACUAUGAGACGUACCAAGUGUGAAUUUUGUCAAAGUGAAUUUUCCGGAGCUGGUUUAGAGGAACAUGCUGGUACUUGUGGUCAAGAGCCCAUAUAUUGUGAGGCCAAGUGCGGCCAGCGUGUGUUGAGAGGUCGCAUGACUUUACACAAAUCCAAGGAUUGUACCAAACGCUUAAGACGUUGCUUACACUGCAAUCGGGAAUUUUCAGCCGAUACUUUGGCUUUGCAUGUCAAUCAAUGCCCACGUGCUCCUGCUGUAUGCCCUCAGCGUUGCGAUGUGGGACCCAUUGCUCGUGCCGAUAUGGAAGCCCAUUUGAGAGAUGAAUGCAAAGCUUUGGCCAUUUCAUGCACAUUCAAAGAGGCCGGCUGCAGAUUUAAAGGACCCAGACACAUGUUGGAAGCCCACUUAGAGGCCAAUGCCGCUUCACAUUUGUCUUUAAUGGUCGCUUUAUCUGCCAGACAGGGACAACAAAUCCAAAUGUUAAAAUCAGCCGUCUCUAAAUUGUCCAUUAAUUUCACUGGCACUUUAUUGUGGAAAAUUACCGAUUGGUCUGCUAAAAUGUCAGAGGCCAAAGGCAAAGAUGGUUUGGAAUUAGUUUCACCACCAUUUUAUACCUCUCAAUAUGGCUACAAAUUGCAAGCUUCCAUGUUCUUAAAUGGCAAUGGUCCCGGUGAAAAUACUCAUGUUUCGGUUUAUAUCAAAGUAUUGCCUGGUGAAUAUGAUGCUUUACUAAAAUGGCCUUUCUCCCACUCCAUAACCUUUACCCUCUUCGAACAAGGAGCACAGGCUGGUCAAGGUGGUGUAGCCGAAUCAUUUGUACCCGAUCCCACUUGGGAAAAUUUCCAACGCCCUUCAAACGAACCCGAUCAAUUAGGUUUUGGUUUCCCCCGUUUCAUAGCUCAUGAUUUGCUCUAUAAGCGUCCCUUCAUUAAGGACGACACCGUGUUUCUGAGAGUCAAAGUUGAUCCCAGCAAAAUAGUAGCAGUUUAAGUUUAAUAAAACUUAAUCGUAGUUUUAACUCUUAUUUUCGUUAUGAAUACUGUGUAUUUAAGUUAAAGUUAAAAUUACUAUAUUAAGACAACAACACACACGUGUAUUUUAGUUUUAAGACAAACACCCCCCUUUGUACAUAUAGAAAUAUAUAUUUGAAAUAUUAUUAACAUUAAUGAAAUGAAAUCAUAAGUUUAAUACCAAAAAGAAAUGAAAAUUACAAAACAGCUUCACUUAAGUAGACUUAGUUUGCUACUUUAGUUUAAUGAAUGCUUUUACACAAUUGAAAUAUUUACACACACAACAAUUAGUCAACUAAAUUUUUUAUUGUUUUAAUUAUAAUUAAGUAAAAAUAUCCACAUUUUGUUUAAACAACUCUUUAAGCUUGUUUUGUUAAUUUAAGCAGAGCUGUAAAGGUGUUAAAAAAAUCGUGCUGGAAUCAAACCAAAGUCAUCAUCAAACAAACACAUCUAUACUUUUGUAAUAAUUGUAGCGCACAAAUUGUUUUCGCUUAUGUAUGUAAGGAAAAGUUUGUGUCUUAAGUCUUUCGUUUUUUUCUAUUUAAGUCGAAAAAAAUUCUUUCAAAAGAUCUUUUACUUACAAAUUUAUUUUAUAAACUUCAGCGUAUGUGUAUGUUAAAGUUAAAUUAAAAAUACAAAUACAUAAAAUAGCAACAGGAUAAAACUCUGGUAGUUUUUAGUUUAAAAAUAUAUAUAUUUUUUCUUUUAUCCAUAAUUUAAAACGAAAAGAAAACAUUUAGUUAUAUCUUUUUGCGCAAAAUACAAAAAUAGUCAUAGUUAUGUAAUGUGUAUGUUAGUUUGUUAAGACGAUAAAACAUUUUUAUAAAAACAUAUUUCUGUUAAAGUAAUAUGUAUAUAAUUAUAUAAAUAAUAAUAAAAAAAAUCAUUUUUUGU